AUGGCAAGCAAUCCACAGCCUACACGCUCUCCGGUACCCAACCCGGUACCGUCUUUCUGGACCGCGUCCCCACGUAGCCUGGAUGACCACCGCAGCACAGCAGAACUUCCCAAAGCAUGCGACGUGGUGAUAAUCGGAGGAGGGUUUGCUGGAGUCGCUACCGCAUACCACUUAUUCAAAGACAAUCCGAACCCGCCCUCGAUUGUGCUAUUAGAAGCCCGGAAAGUCUGCUCCGGAGCUACAGGCCGGAACGGUGGUCACGUCAAGCCCGACAUGUAUUACAACGUGUCCAAGUAUUCUAAGCUGUACGGAGCCGAAGCUGCAGCUGAGUUGGCUGCUUUCGAGGCUUCGCAUGUAUACGCCGUCAAGAGCCUCGUGGAGACCGAGGGGCUGGACUGCGAUUUUCAGCUCACACGCUCCAUAGAUGUCUUUCUCGACCCUAAGCAUGCUAGAGAAACAGAGGAGGCGUAUAGAGAACUCGUUACGGGCGGCGUGGUUGAUUUGCAUGACGUAGCAUUCACUCCCAAAAAGGACGCCGAGAGGAUCUCAGGGGUCAAAAAUGCCCAGUGUUGCUUUUCGUUCACGGCGGCUCAUCUGUGGCCAUUGAAGAUGGUACAGCAGUUGCUGGAACGGCUGCUUGUGAAGGGUUUGAACCUGCAGGCAAAUACUCCGGUAACAUCGGUCUCGUCAACAAGAGACGACCAAGGUUUAUGGACAGUUCACACGGCGCGAGGCACUAUUGCCACUCGCAAAGUAGUCUACGCCACAAACGCCUAUACGUCACAGCUCCUCCCUGAGUACGCCAAUCGCAUUGUGCCAAUCCGCGGCGUGUGUAGCCAUAUCGUCAGUUCAAAGGGUGCACACAGUCCUCAUCUCGUGAACACGUACGGUAUUCGGUUCAACUCGCGCCACUACGACUACCUCAUCCCUCGCGCCGACGGGAGCAUCGUAGUUGGCGGUGCCGGGCAAAGGUUCUGGCAUAUGAAGGACCAGUGGUUUGACAACGUCCGCGAUGAUGAGCUUGUGGCCAACGCUGUUCCGUAUUUCGAUGACUACAUGCAACGAAACUUUCGCGGGUGGGAGUCGAGCGAUGCAAAGGCGGAACAGGUUUGGACGGGAAUCAUGGGUUUCAGCUCCGACUUUAUGCCCCACCUGGGUCAGGUACCUGACAAAAGUGGUCAGUACAUAAUCGCCGGGUUUUCGGGGCAUGGUAUGCCGGCGAUACUUUUGUCGAGCAAAGGCGUGGCAACCAUGAUCCGGGAAGAGAUCCCGUUCGAGAAAUCAGGACUUCCAAGAGUGUUAAAAACAACUCAGGAGCGGAUCGACGCAGAGCGGAAUCUACUUGAAGAGUCUAUGCGACCAUUGUGGGACGGGAGCUUCACAGCAAAGCUUUAA